AUGGCCGCUCGAACCGCAGUUCAACGGCUGCCUCUCCGGCCAUCAGCCUCUUUACUACGCACGCCGAGACCCUCCGGCCCAAUCUCUCGUCGCGCUUUUAUCUCACUGCCGGAAAGCCCUCAACAGAGCCUCGUCGCCACUCGCACUCUUCCCUACCGCCACGAGCCGCUCUACGAGCUCAUCGCAGACGUCGACUCCUACUCAGCCUUUGUGCCAUAUUGCUCGCAGUCCAGAGUCACAAAAUGGUCUGCGCCAGACUCUUCCGGUCGCAGCUGGCCCACUCUCGCUGACUUACAGGUGGGCUGGGGCGGCUUUGACGAGACUUUUACUAGCCGCCUGCUCUGCGUUCCUGGCGUCUCCGUCGAGGCUCGUAGCGGCGGUUCUGCUUCGGGCCGCCCUGCCCAGGAUGCGUCUGCCGUCUUCAAGACUCUUGAGACUCUCUGGUACUUGACGCCAAUCGCUCGCCAAUCCGCAACGCCUUCGACCGAGGUUAAACUCACCAUCAAAUACCAAUUCGUCAACCCGCUUUAUGCCGCGCUCAGCGCUGCUGUAUCCGACAAAAUUGCUGCCCUCAUGAUUGAAGCCUUUGAGAAGCGAGUUCACUACAAAUUAGGAACUCAGCAGCGUCUCUAG